AUGGAAUCAAGCAAAAGAAACAUUUACUCUUUCAAGUUCAAAGAUCCCGAUCUAAGGAGCUUACGUGACUUGGUCUCUCAGAUGCACCCGGUAUACAGAAUCAACUUUGAGAAGAAUUAUGGAAAUCUGCUCAGCAUCCUCAACCAACGAGUGGACCAUACAGCUUUAGUCACUCUGGCUCAAUUCUAUGAUCUACCUUUAAGAUGUUUCACAUUCCAAGACUUCCAGCUAGCACCAACGUUGGAAGAAUUCGAGUGUCUUGUUAGGAUCCCUAUGAAGAACAAGCCAUUAUUUGAAGGGAUAGAUGAAUUUGUGCCCCUUGAGAUCAUUGCUAGCACGCUUCACAUGGACGAAAAGGAGGUAGAGGCUAACCUAGAGACCAAAGGGAAUACCAAAGGAUUUUCGCUAAGUUUUCUCUUGGAAAGAGCUCAUACCCUACUAAAAGCAGAAAAUUGGGACGCUUGUUACUCUGUUAUUGCGUUGGCCAUCUAUGGCAUCGUCUUGUUCCCAAAUAUGGAUGGUUUCAUAGACAUGGUUGCUAUUUGCGUUUUCCUUGCUGGAAACCCAGUACCCACCUUGUUAGAUGAUAUUUACUAUUACAUGAGCCAUAGGUACACCAAUAAUAAAGGAAUGAUUGCUUGUUGUGCUCCUUUACUAUAUCAGUGGUUUCUUGAGCAUCUUCCAAAGACAGGUGUUUGGGUAGAAUAG